ACCUAGUCGACAACGAGACGAAGAGAAAAGAAGAUAGGCCGACAACGAGAACGGAGUGAGAGAGAGAGAGAGAGAGAGAGAACUCACACACGGAGGAAAACGUUUUACUCCCCCGACGGACGAUUUUAUUGAUGAGAUCUGGUGCGAGCCGACAACUGCGAUAAAUACAACGAACAGAACAACGAACGAGCGACGUUCGUGAAACAGAAACGACCAGUAGUGGCGGCAAAAACGGCAACCGGGAGGAGAAGGAGGCGGCGGAGGAGGAGCGACGACGUUGUUGCGUCGUAAUAUCUUCUUGAAAACGGAGAAGGAGAUUCUGCGAAACAACCCGGCAGCAGCAGGUUGAAAUCGAGUGUUACAAGUACUUGAAGAAAUGGCGCUGUGGGCGAGAGCGCAGCAUUUGCCACCCGAAGUACUUCAGGAAGUGCGUUCUGCGUACGGCGAACAUUUUCCGAUCGAAGUGAGACACUUCCUAGCAAAAUGGCUGGAAGAAAGGAUAUCUCAAUAUUUUAGCAAUGACAUGGAGAUAGAAAAUCCGCAAAACGAGCCCAUUCUAAAUAAUCUGUUUACGAGUCUUUUGCAAGAGUUGGAAGCAAAAGCGUCAUCACUAAUGACCAAUCAGGACAUGUUUAUAACAAGAAUGAAGCUGAAAGAGACUGCUGACAGAUUUCGCGAAAAGUACAGUCACAAUCCGGUGACGUUGUUCAAGAUAAUCAGACACUGCUUGGUGCACGAUAUGAAAUUCGUUGCGCAGGCCACUCAAAAUUCUCAAAUAAUGAACGACCUUUUUAUAUGUAACAACAAGUUAAAUUUUGUGCUGGGCGACGUGAACGCGGAAAUAGAUCAUACAAUCGAAUUUCUGAAAACGAGGGUUUACGAGAACGGGACGGAGGUGCGAAAUCUCGAUCAGGAAAUGGAAUCGUUCACCAUUCACUAUCACGAUUGCACGAAGACGAACGCGGUGCUCCAACAAAUAAGCACGACGUUGAAUCCGCAGAAUCCGCAGGCAAUGGAACAAGAAAAAAAGUUCAGAAAACAAAAAGAACAAUUGGAGAGUGUGUUGCAAAGUAAACUAGCUAGUAUAGUUCAAAUGUGUCUGCAACUGUAUGAGAAAUUGCGAGAUACGAUUGACAGACUGCACACUUUGCAAUCAAGGAUCCUCGAUGACGAACUUAUCAGAUGGAAAAGGGAUCAGCAGUUGUCAGGUAACGGCGCUUCUUUCGCCCUUCAUCUUUUGGAUACUAUUCAAGAGUGGUGCGAAUGGCUCGCAGAGCUCAUCUGGAGCACUCGAUCUCAAAUAAAGGAAGCAGAGCGUUUGAGAAUCCGAUUUUCGGUUGACAGACCAGUGAUGAGAGAGACUUUUAUGCCUUUGAAUAAUCACAUUACCUCGCUCUUGAGUUCGUUAGUUACGAGUACUUUUAUCAUCGAAAAACAACCGCCGCAAGUUAUGAAGACCAACACGCGUUUCACGAGCACGGUGCGUCUUCUCGUCGGCGGGAAACUGAACGUGCACAUGAACCCGCCGCAAGUGAAAGUCAGUAUAAUCAGCGAACACCAGGCCAACUGCUUGCUGAAGAACGAGAGUCUGUCCAAAGAGCAGGCUAGCGGCGAGAUUUUGAACAACACCGGAACUAUGGAGUACCAUCAGGUACAACGCGACGCAAAAAAAUCGACGAAACAACUGGCAGUGAGUUUUCGUAAUAUGCAGUUGAAGAAGAUCAAACGGGCGGAGAAGAAAGGCACGGAGUCCGUGAUGGACGAGAAAUUUUCGCUGCUCUUCCAAUCGAACUUCAGCGUCGGCGGCGGUGAAUUAGUAUUCGCUGUCUGGACAUUGAGCUUACCUGUAGUCGUGAUCGUGCACGGUAAUCAGGAACCGCACGCGUGGGCCACGGUCACCUGGGACAACGCCUUUGCCGAACCGGGCAGGACUCCGUUCACGGUACCGGACAAGGUGCCUUGGAGUCAGGUAGCCGACGCGCUGAACAUGAAGUUUCAUUACGCGACCGGGCGCUCUUUGACCGAAGAUAAUCUGCGGUUUCUCGCCGAAAAAGCGUUCCGCCACACCGGAAACUCACCUACGCACGAUUACUCGAACACGAUGCUUAGCUGGGCUCAGUUUUGCAAAGAACCGUUGCCCGAAAGAAACUUCACUUUCUGGGAAUGGUUCUAUGCUGUGAUGAAAUUAACUAGAGAGCACCUGAAGGGUCCGUGGAACGAGGGGUUCAUCCUUGGAUUUAUACGGAAGAAGCAAGCAGAAGAGAUGCUGAUGAACAAUGCGCCCGGUACUUUCUUGAUGCGGUUUUCCGACUCGGAGCUCGGCGGCAUCACUAUCGCCUGGGUUGGAGACCAACCCGAUCAAAUCUUCAUGCUCUUGCCCUUCACAAGCAAGGACUUCGCUAUUCGCAGUCUGGCCGACCGUCUGGCUGAUCUGCAGCACUUGGUGUACUUGUAUCCAGAUAUAUCGAAGUCUCAGGCCUUUACCAAAUAUUACACGCCGUACAACGAUAACCAAAACACGUCGACAAACGGAUACGUCAAACCUCUAUUGGUGACGCACGUGCCAGGAUGGAGCGCUCCCGGUAUCGGUAAUCAAACUCCGUCGCACUCCUCCAUAGUGGGCUUGGGCCAGGGUGGACCGGGCGGCAGCUACCCCGCGACGCCUCAAACCAUGUUUCAAGCACACAGCCCGGAUCCUUCGGCAACGCGCGACACGCCGUCCGUGGCAUCGAGAUCGUUGAUGUAAGAAAUGAAUCUCAAACACAGGCAAAGAGGAUGUCUGCUUAAUCAUGCGGAAAACAAUUGAGAAUUGUGCGGAAUAGAUCGUGACCAAUUUGGCCAUUUAAUUUUUGUUGACAAAAUUUGCGUUUUCACGAAUUCCGCACAAGCAUCAGGAAAAAAAAAACUGAUAUUAUUUUCGAGAAACAAUUUCUCGCAUAUCAUCUGCAUCUCUGAUUUAGCAAACAUUCUGUACAUAACGAACGUAUUAUAAAUAUAGAAACAGGUAAAACGCGAUUGCGCGAUGAACAAAAUUUUAACAAUCAUGCUGCACGAUAAUACAUUAAUUUUUUUUGGAAUUAAUUCAGUUAGACUGUUGCAGAGCGCAGUUCCUGAAACAGAGUGAAGGCUCUGUCUUUCAAAAACAUUUUUGCAAAACAAAAGAACAAAGAAAACAAAAUUAGCAUGUUUGGUGAUUUUGGACAUUUAUUUUGGUUUCAGAAAGAGAAAUCGCAUCACUUGAUUUCGUUUUCUGAAAUACUCUUUAAGCGUUCCAGCUAAUUAGCUCGUUAACAAAUUUCUUUAGUCGUUUUACUAAUUAAAGUUUAUAGCGAAUUUAUGUUUUUCAUAAUAUACUUGAGUAAGUAUGUUUUUUUUUUAUUAAUCCUAUGAUUUUUUUCAAUUUUUUGUAUUUUAUCGUUUUUGUAGAUAAAAAAUCUCUGAGUAACAUAAUCUCUGUAGAAAAAUAGCGUGAAAGGAGUGAAAAGAGAGGAACGGAAGAGAACGAAAGUAUUUCUACAACUUUUUGUUAAAAACAAAAAAAAACUAUUUUUUUUAUACGCAUCUUUUGACAAAGAAUUUUGCGAAGACGAGGUUUAAUAAUAUUAAUAAUAAAAAAAAUUGUAUUUUUUUUAAGUAAACGUAUUUAUAUUAUAUUACUUUAGUUUUUAACAAUUAAGCAGAUAGAAAGAAACACGAGUACCAAAAGUAGUAGAUGAUAAAUUACCCAUUAAUUAAUUUAAUUAUUACUUUUUAUACAGAGAAAUGAUAAUUGCAUGUACCUCGUAGACAAUAUCGAAUUAUUCGAAUGUUGUCUUAUGCAAUGCCUAAAUCAUUGUUUAUCACGAAGAAAAAAUUUAACCAUGCGUAGGGUGAAUGUUCCAACGAUCGGACAAGUGCCGGACGCUUAUAUAAUUACAACAAAAUCUAUCUAUAUUAAUUGAACGAGCUCGUGAGAAGACGAAACGGAGUAGCAGAACAGAUCACAGAGCCAAAACACAAAAGACGUGUAUAUGUUGUUUAUUGAAUAUAAAAAAUCAUCCUUUUCGAAUUAGUUUUUUGUUUGUGCACCGAAGUUUAAAAUAAAGGGAUCAAAACUUUUGUAGUUUUUUUUUUUUUAAUUUUAUAUAUUGUAUUAUAUCUUUUAUAUUUUAUCCACGUCUAAUUUGGUCGUAGCGAAAUGAUAAAAAAAAAAUACUUAAAACAUUGAGAAUUAUUGAUUUAAUAUUUACACAUCCAGAAAUUUAUUUAUUUAAUGAAUAUCUGAUUAUUGUGGGGACAUUUACCUUACUCAUCAAUGUAUGUUGUUCGUAUAUGAUUUUUGACGUAGACCUUAAGAAUUUGUUAAAUGUUAUCUUUCCGCAUUUUGAAGAAAUGCGGAAAAUUUAUACGAAAGAAUAUUAUCUAAAUGUGUGAUAGAGCUUGAUAGAUAUACGCCUUGACGGUUCUGUUGAUAUCGGCAUAAGUAUAGAAUUUCAGAAAAACAAAACCAAGAUUAAACCGCUUUAUCAUCUAAUUAAAGCUCGAUGUUGUUCGACUGACAAUUAUCAGUUGUCAUAGUUCUAUUUUAUUUCAAUUUUUUUUGGACGUUUCUCCGGCAUAUAUAAUCUUAUCCACGACACACGUAUUUAUUGUCAGUCCUCAUUUUUAUCCUCAGCAACUAUGUAGCAAUUCUGUCUGUCUGUCUGCUAUUGUCUAAGGUCAGUUAUAGAGAACACUGGCCGCGUUCAGCAGAAUUCGAACGCUCCGCGCUCGUUGUCUGUGAUUGGAUCUAUUGCGACUGGAAAAUACGUGCCAACGACGGGCAAAGUAAUCGCAAAGCGCUUCCAUCAAGCGCUCGAUUCUGCUGAACACCGUGCCGUUGUACUUACUGAGUAUUAACAUAUCGGUGAUGCGAAAAAAGAAGGAGAGAGAGUGCUCGCGCAAACUCCAGUCUUAAUAAAAAAAAAA